UUUAUCUCAAUUAAUAUUAGAAAAUAAUGAUCACCGAUGCAGAUUUAAAAACUAAAAUGGGUUACAUAAAAGAAAUAUGUUCCAUCCCUACACAUUCGUUACGGGAUCAAGAUAAAAUACUCAGUAACAUAAUACAUGUUACGAGAAACGCAUUACAAGAUCAACUAUUAAUUUACAAUCCAGAUAAUAUUAUUCUAUGUACCCUGAAACUUUUCUUUAAUUAUAAAGAAAAUGUAUCUGUCACUGAUAACGUUUGCGAAUGGAAACGACGAAAGAAACGUCGCCUUGCCAAAGAAUGUUACAACAGUUUAUUGCAAGUAUAUGUUCCUGAGAAAUCUAAAGAAAUUCUUGAAGCUAUAAUUAAUAUGAUUUAUGAAGAUAAACUUUGGGAAUUCGAAAGCUUUUGUUUUGAAAUUUUGUGCGAUCUAUUGGAAUAUGGUAUCAGUGGAGCAUUAUUGAUUCAUGCAAUAUGGGACAGAAUUGAAGUUGUAAAUAUAAACAUGGAAGAUACAAGGAAAAUCAUAAGAAUAUUAUAUGAAUUGCUAGAUGUUUAUGAUUGGCCAGAUAAUUAUGAUACAGUAAUGGUUAUUGAAAGAAUUUUAAAUCUUUUUUAUAUUAGUAUAACUAGCAGACAAUAUUCUCCCAAUUCAUAUGCGAUACUCAAAAAGGGUUUAGAGGUGUGCCUCAUUAAUAUUGUGAAACACGUGGUAAAUGAUCAUCUUUUAAUCAUAGUGCAAUAUAUGUGUUCAUGGGCUGUUGAGAAAGGAAUGACAGAUGAAAUUAUUUUAGAGUUUGGCAGUACGCUUGAAUAUACAGCUUAUAUGCACGAGGUAACAUUAUUUGAAAAGACUUUAACACCAAAGGUAUUUCCAUUACUGAUGCAAAUGAUAGCAUCAAAAAGUAAAAUAACCAGUUUAUUGGGUAAUAGAGUUAUACAAUAUUUAUUAGACAGACAGGACAAUAGAAUGAAUUUUGACACACCUAAAAUAUUUUUUGAAGACACUCAAUUUGAUCUGAAAAUAGGUAAGUGUCUUAAAGAAGAUAAAUUGUUCUGCAAGCUACAUAGAGAAAUUUUACACGACAGUCUUUUAAAAAGCAUCAUAAACCAUUGUACGUCGCGUAUGAAUUUAGAAACAACAUAUUGUACAAUUUGUUUAAUCGCAACCGAAGUUCCAUGCGGAUUUACAGCAGCAGCUUUAGUUUGUCUUAUAAUGAAUUUGCAAGACCUAACUUUAAAAGAAAGCAAACGUAAUACCGAGGUAUCUUAUCAUUUACAUGCUACAGUAAUAUCAAUCAUGUCCCUAUUAUGUUGGAUUCAUAAGGCUAAAGUAUUUUAUGAAUAUGUAAAUAAAAUAAUGAUGGAAAGAGCACAAUGGGCUCCACAUUUAAAUCCCCCUAUUCAAUCUCAAUAUAGUUUCGCAGCGCAUCAUAUUCUUUGGAAUAAACCAGAGUUAUUUUUCGUUGACUGGGAAGCACGAUACGGUUUGUGGAAAUGUUUUCGAUUACAUGAGAGCGACGACGAUAUUCAUUCAUAAAUAUUCAUUCAUUACAUAUUAUGUUAUCACUCUACAAUUAUAAUAAAUUUAUGUAUAUAAAUAAAUUCAAUAUUAAAUUCAAGAUUAAGCAAAGAUUGUUUGACAACAUAAAUGCGACGAAGUAAUGAUCGAU